AUGGCUCAGACAAAGAAUGAAUGCUGUAGUUUUGCUGCGCACUUGGCAACAGGUAGAUGGACCUCAGUCUUUGCAUCAUUUCUGCUCAUGGCCAGCGCCGGUGCAACAUACCUUUUUACGGUCUACUCCAACGAUAUCAAGAGCAAUCUUGAAUACAACCAGUCAAUGCUCAAUACAUUAAGCUCAUGGAAGGAUAUUGGUACAAGCGCUGGAAUUUUGUCUGGCCUUGUAGCCGAGGUCACUCCCACAUGGUUCGUGCUUGCCAUUGGCUCUGUCACCAACUUUUUAGGCUACUUCAUGAUAUGGUUGGCCGUCACCCGAAGAAUUCGCAAGCCUGAGCUUUGGCAUAUGUGUGCUUACAUGUUCAUCGGAGCCAAUUCACAGAACUUUGUAAAUACAGGAUCUCUUGUCACCUGUGUCAAGAAUUUCCAAGAGAGCCGAUCUAUUAUGUUGGGUCUCUUGAAAGGUUAUGUCGGGCUUAGUGGGGCUAUACUUACUCAAAUUUACUUGGCCAUUUAUGGGGAUGGUGAUUCAACAUCUUUAAUCCUUCUCACAGCGUGGCUCCCGACAUUGAUAUCAAUAGUGGUUAUGUACACAAUUAGGGAGAAGGAGGUUAAGAUUAGGCAACCAAAUGAGGUUAAAGUGUUCUAUCAGUUCCUCUAUUUAUCAGCCGCUCUUGCUGUGUUUUUGAUGACCAUUACACUAGUUCAACAACAUGUUGCCUUUUCUCAAACGGCCAAUAUUGGAAGUGUAGCGGUAGCGUGCAUCUUGUUGUUUCUACCUGCUGUCGUUGCCUUUAGACAAGAGGUACUCAUUUGGAACGAGAUGAAAGCACCUCCUACAACAAUAAUAGUUGAGAAGCCACAAGCCAUUCAGCAAGAACAAAAUACCUCUAUCAAAGAAGCAGAAGAGGAGACAACAAAAACGUCCUUUCUUGUAGACAUUCUUAACAAACCAAAAAGAGGGGAAGACUAUGGGAUACUACAAGCAUUGUUGAGCAUUGACAUGCUGAUUAUCUUCCUUGCAACACUCGUCGGACUUGGCUCAGGCUUGACUGUCGUUGACAACAUGAGACAAAUUGGCGACGCGCUUGGAUAUGAGCCAAAGACCACAAACACCUUUAUGUCCCUGAUAAGCAUAUGGAAUUACGCAGGGAGAGUAUUCUCCGGGUUUCUGUCUGAAACACUGCUCACGAAAUAUAAAGUUCCUCGUCCCCUUAUGUUGUCGGUUGUUCUUUUUCUCGCUUGCAUCGGCCAGCUUCUGAUCGCAUUUCCUUUCCAGAAUUCAAUUUACUUGGCUUCAUUGAUCAUUGGGUUUACACUUGGCGCACAGUUGCCUCUAGUUUUGUCCAUAAUUUCCGAGAUCUUUGGCCUCAAGCACUACUCUGUAUUGUUCAAUUGUGGGCAGUUGGCAAGUCCAAUUGGGUCGUUUUUGCUUAAUAAAGAACUCGCUGGAAGGCUUUACGAUAUUGAGACAACGAAGUUGUAUGGAAUAAAGGCUUUGGGGAAGCCACUUGUUUGCAAGGGGAAACAAUGUUAUGGCCUAUCUUUCAAAAUUAUGGCCAUUGCGACAUUCACUGGGGCUCUUAUUUCGUUGAUUCUGGUGGUGAGAACACUGGAAUUUUACAAAAGUGAUAUACAAAGGAGGUAUAGAGGUGAAACAUACACCAAGUUCAAUCAAGAGAAGGAGACUACAAUGGCAUCAUCUUCUGAUAAUGAAGCCAAGUGA